AUUGCGGCGCUCUGGGAGGAGCUGGCGGUGGUUCCGCCCGGGCGGUCCCUGCCUCGAGGCGCCGUGCGUGGCGUGAGCGCCGUGGGGCCCCGCGCGGGUGCGGCGACGGGAGGGGGCCUCGUCGGCACGUUUCUUCCCGGCGGCUGAGCGUCUCCUCCUGGCAUUUACAAAGACGAAAAAGAACGCGUCGUUUCCGCAGCUCAGUCCUGAGUCCGUGUACGCGGUUCUGUCAGGGGUCAGUUCUAUCCCGGAACUGCCGGUGCGUGCUGUGUGUGGUACCCGGAGUGCCUGGGCUGCCUGGUAAAAGGAUACAUGUUCACUUCAAGUAGAAAAGAGCAUGUUCCCAAAUUGCUCCAACUUGGGUCGUCCACCCUUCCCUCCAAAACAUCAACAACAGAGUAAUUUCUUCAAUAAGCUUCCUCUGAAUGUACCACCUACUCUUCCCUCUCACCAGCAAAUUAUUGACGUUCAGUUUAGUUUUUGGAAUACAGCUCUUUCCAGGGCUCUUUUGAGUGGGAACCUUGCAACUGUCCCAGCGGUUACACCACAACCAAUGGCUUAUGGAAGUGGCAAUCCAGUACCUACAUCUGAUGCCCCCACAUCAUUCCAAGGAAGGAAGAGACGAAGUGAACAAAGUGUUCCACAUGACGUCAAACGUCAGCGUCUUCAUUCACAUCAUUCUGAAACAACUUUAGUUAACCAAGCAGUGCCUUUACCAGAAGACCGUAGAUGCUCCUUCCCAGGAUCAGUUCAGUCUCCAGUGUUCCCUUCAUGUGUCCCUCCGUUGCAAGAUCCUUUGUUUCCAGAUCCAAUAGAAACCUCACUACCUGUGGCCAAAGAUAAGUUAAGUCAGCAGGUUUUGGAGUUGUUUCAAGCAUGUCAGCAACAGACUUGUGAUUUGAACAGAAAAGAACUCUGCAGAACACAACUCCAAAGAGAAAUUCAGCUCAUUUUUCCACAUAGCAGACUCUUUUUGGUUGGGUCCUCACUAAAUGGGUUUGGCACUCGUAGCAGUGAUGGAGACUUGUGCCUGGUGGUUAAAGAAGAACCAGUAAAUCAGAAGACUGAAGCAAGGCAUAUACUCAGCUUAGUCCAGAACCUCUUCAUUACUAGACUUUCAGGCUACAUUGAGCGACCUCAACUGAUUCGGGCAAAAGUGCCAAUAGUGAAGUUCAGGGAUAAAGUCAGCCGUGUGGAGUUUGACUUGAAUGUAAACAAUGUUGUAGGAAUAAGAAACACAUUUCUUUUGAGAACUUAUGCAUACGUUGAGAAUCGAGUUCGUCCAUUAGUACUUGUUGUUAAGAAGUGGGCAAAUUUUCAUGAAAUAAAUGAUGCCAGUCGUGGUACUUUAAGCAGCUAUAGUCUUGUAUUGAUGGUUUUGCACUAUUUACAGACCCUACCUGAACCCAUCCUUCCAUCCCUCCAAAAAAAUUACCCAGAAUCUUUUGAUCCUGAUAUGCAGUUGCAUCUUGUUCAUCAAGCUCCAUGUACCAUUCCUCCUUACAUCUCAAAAAAUGGAUCAAGCCUUGGGGAUUUGCUAAUAGGCUUCUUCAAAUAUUAUGCCACAGAAUUUGAUUGGAGCCGUCAAAUGAUUUCAGUUCGUGAGGCCAAAGCUAUUCCAAGACCUGAUGGUAUUGAAUGGAGAAACAAAUUUAUUUGUGUAGAAGAGCCCUUUGAUGGAACAAAUACUGCUAGAGCUGUACAUGAAAAACAGAAGUUUGAUCUAAUCAGAGAUGAAUUUCUUCAGGUAAAAAUCUUGGCAGAUAUUACGAAUCAAGAAAGACCUGAACUGUAUAUUACCUUUAAGAGCAGCCAUACAGAAAAGAUGACCAAUUUAUUUCACUUUCUUAUCCGAUUCUGCUGAAAUAAAGAAAUAUCAAAAUCAAGAGGCAGUUUCCCCAUGUUUUUUUAUGACAUGGUUUUCUCUGUAAACUUUUGUUAAGGAAAUGUUUAUAAGAAAGAUUGCAUAUUUUAUUAUAAACAUUUGUUAAUACAGCUGUUCCUUCAAAUGUAUUUUUUCUGUAAAUGCUUGCAUUGUUGACUUGUUGAAGAAAUUCAGACAAACCACAGGAAUAAAUCCAUUUACAUGGAAUUAUGGGAAUAUACUGAUUUGCUGUUUCCCUAAUCUGUAUACUCAUUAAUUCAGACAUAUUUAACUGUGAAAUAGAAGUUCAGUCCUAAACUAUGACUAAGUCUGACUGUAUCCUUAAGGCACUGCACGCAGUACUCACUUUAUGAACAGACAGCAUGUGCUUUAUAUCUGCUUAACUGCAGUAAGCACUUUUACUCAACUAGGCAUUUUUCAGCUUUAUUUCCCUUUUAUGUGGAACAACCAAGCAACAGUUUAUGAAAAUUAAGAUAGAUUAUGGUUGGUAGUGUCCUGGAUAUGAAGAACUGUAAUCUAAACCAGAAUUUUCAGGGAAAAGUUCUACUACAAAGAUAUUUAAAUAAAAGCGGUCAAAUCAGUAUAGGUAAAUGCUUCAUAUUUACACAGAGUAGGCACAAUACUUUUUACAGCUUUCUUUUACAUAUUUGAAGUAGUAGAGAUGUCUGCUUUGGAAAAACAGCAAACAAUCAAUCCAAAAAAACACCAUCAAACCACCCCACAACCCUACCACUGUUAAAAAAGCUGUGCUUCUGUUCUGACUUUGUGUAAGUAUUUGUAAAUUGGUCAGCUGCUGUAAAUUGAAUUUAAGUAAGUAAUCUUGAAAAUUUUACCUUUUCCAAAUCAAAGUUGUGAACCCUCUUUUAGACCUGCUGUAGCACAAUUUGUGCCUUUCAUAUUUGCUAUUGAAGACCAAUUAAUUGUUAAAACUGUACUUACCAUUUAUGUCAAAUUCAUAUUUUCAUUUUUAAAGUUUAGUAUUUUGUAUGGUGUUCAGUGGAAUAAAGUUUCUUUAUGGAAGAUA